UCUCUACAGCAACUUUCAAGUUCUAUUUUCGUCUUCAAAGAAAUUUCGCCUGCCUCCUACGAAGUUGUGGAUUUCGGAUCGCGGAACUUCGUGGCAGGUAGACAGAGGGAACCAGAAAAGAAAGGAAGAGUGGAUACCACUGGUACCAGUUGAAGAACGAGGGAAAGAGGGAAAAAGAGUAGACAAAGAACCUUGAACCAAAAGCCGCUAAAUGUUAGCAGAUUCCAAGAUCUUGGAUCAGCUUUGAAGUAUCUAGAAAUAUUUUGAUCCAAGAGUGGUAUCGUUGUUGUUUGCCGGCUCGGAUAGAUAAAGUAAAUCGUAUACCUGACGUGGUGCGAGAGAGGGAAAGGAAGGAAGGCAGCAGGCACACUGGCAACACGAGGUUGGUGAUAUCAGCAUCAGUCGUUCGCGCGUGUCGUGUGCGUGCGGUUGGUGUGUUUCAGAAGAGUUCUAGUGAAACCUUAAGGUGACCAUGUCGUUACUAAAGGGCGAUCAAAAAGUUCCUAGUGCGCGGCUCUGCCACAUCGUCAAAUGGGAUGAUUUCGAUGGCUAUGGAUUUAAUCUCCAUGCCGAGAAAGGUAAAACCGGUCAGUUUAUUGGGAAAGUGGACGAGGGUUCGCCCAGCGAGGCGGCCGGUCUACGCCAAGGAGACCGGAUUGUAGAAGUUAACGAAAUCAACAUCGCCAAUGAGACCCACAAACAGGUGGUCGAUCGCAUCAAAGCGUUCCCCAGCGAGACCAAGCUCCUCGUUGUGGACCAAGAGGCAGACGAUUACUUCAGGGCCAAUAACAUCAUCAUCAAGGGCACCAUGGCGAACGUCAAGGUGAUCAAGACACCCGAGAGGAAUCCUGCCACCGUCGAAGAGGAAGCUAGAUUAGAUGGCAGUAACAGCUCUAUUGAUGAGAAUAUGCAGAAGUCUAUAGACUCGAAUGACACAUCAAACAGCGGCUUAUCAGCAACGGCGACAGCGACACCAACGAACGAAAAUUCCGAUGAAAUACACGAAAACGGAAGUGAAAGCAUCAAGAACGAGGAAUCUUCAAAUGGUACCGCUAAUGAAAAUGGAAAUGGAAAUGGAAACGGAAAUGGAAAUGGAAACGGAAACGUAGGUGACCAGACGGGGUUGAAUUUAAAAAUGAGCGCAAAAGAACUUCGAGCAAAGCUAGCAAUGCGCAAGAAAUAUGACCCCAAAAAGGAAUCCUUGGGUUUCAAGGACAAAUUCGACAUCGUGCAAAAAUUAUAAUGAUCCAUUCCAAAUCCCCUCGCGAUUCAGACCUCGUACACAUACAAUAUCGUCAGUAUUUUAUCACAAAGCAUUGGACGAAAAUUCUCCUAUAAAAUCGCAACUCCAAAGGAAACUGUCACUGUACAUACAUUCAAUCUACUUGCUACCAAGGCAACGCAAUUUUCAGUUAUGGAAUAUCCUGGAUGCAUUAAGUGGUCAAGAAGGCACUUUCGAAGAGAAUAAAAAACAUUACCUCACAUUACUUCACGAAUGAAGCAUUUUACACUCAGACCCUACGAUUUUGGUUCAUUUCAUACGGAAUGAUCUCAUCUUAAUUAAUUAAUGCUUGUACAAUUAAACACUUUACGCUACGUAUUGCAGUCAUUUUCCGAAAGAUUAGAACAUGAUCACAUCAUCUCUUGCUAUGAACUCACAGAAUACAAAAAUUUACCUUACCAAUUGCUUACUCAUAAAAGUAAAUAAGUUGUAGAAAGUAAAAAAAAAUUCUGUCAGGUUGAUGGAUUUAUUAGAAUGCGAUCACAUACGAGAUUAUUUUUGCUGAUUUGUUAUUGCAUUUUCUCUCAUUAGAAUUUUUCUCUUCUAGCAAAGGGAACAUUCAUUAAUUAUGUAAGCACUUCUUACAUAAGUUUCCUCUUGUUAAUUAUUUUUCUAAAGUAUGCUGAUUGCAAU